AUGGUUGAGAAUAAAUUCGAAGAUGAAUCCAAUGAUAAGGAAGUGAUUUGCUCUAUUGACUCCAACUCUUUCGACAAUGCGUUGGGUUUCCUCAAAGAACAUAAGGAAGUGGGCAUAAUCGAUCACGCAAAACUUGUUCGCAAACUCGACUGGAUCAUCUUACCGAUACUAUGUGGAAUCUAUCUUUUGCAAUACUUGGACAAAUUGUUGUUGAAUUAUGCCGCAGCCAUGGGAAUCAAAGACAAUCUCAAGGGGAAUGAAUUUGCGAAUUUGUCAACAAUCUUUUACGCUUCAUACAUCUUUGGUGAACCAUUUGUGAGCUAUAGUUUACAAAAGUUCCCACUUGGAAAAACCAUGGGUGUUUUCAUUAUGCUAUGGGGUGUUGUGGUUGCAUGCCAUGCAGCAACUUCGACUUAUGCUUCAUUGAUGGUGGUGAGAACUAUUUUGGGAAUAUUUGAGUCUUCGAGUGCAGUGGGAUUGAUCAUCAUUAGUGGGUUGUAUUACACCAAACAACAACAAGUGGCACGUAUGGGUAUUUGGUCAGUGAUGGCUGGUGUCGGUACAAUUAUUGGUGGACUAUUGUCGUUUGGAUUCCAGCAUAUCAAAAGCACUACAUUCAAAUCAUGGCAGAUUUUAUUUUUGGUUAUGGGAUUGAUAACUGUUGCGUUUGGCAUCAUUGUGUUUUGGCUUCUCCCUGAUAAUGUCCAUACAUGUUGGUUUUUAAAGGACGGAGAAAAAUUGUACAUUUUGGAAAAUGUCGUUAGAGGCAAUCAGACAGGUACAAAGAGUACAAAGUUCAACGGACGGCAAAUUGUCGAGCUCAUGCUUGACAAGUUUACUUGGCUCUAUGUCCUUCUAACUCUUUGUUCUCAAAUAGUUACGGGUGCAAUUGGAACUUUUAGUGUGACAAUUACACUAACCUUUGGUUUCGACAAUUAUCAGUCGGCUCUACUUCAAUUACCAGUGGGUGCGUUAAUUGUCAUCAUCAUCAUAACCACCACCCAGCUUGUGGCCAAGUUUGGCCACCACACAUUGUUUUUAACAUCGAUGUUUUUCCCCACAAUUAUUGGUGCUAUUGUUUUGAUUAUUUCGCCAAACAAGGUUGGUAACUUGUUGUCAUUGUAUUUGUUAUACAGUGGUUCUUCUUGUAUAACAUUAAUUUACGCGUGGAUUGGUGCGAAUACAGCUGGUUCAAGCAAGAAAUUCAUGCGCAGUGCUCUGGUUAUGAUUGCAUUCUCGGUGGCAAACAUUAUCGGACCUCAAUUAUUUCAAGCAUAUAGUGCUCCAGAUUACCAUCCUGCAAAGAUUGUCAUUUUAGUUACCCAAUGUUUAUGUGUACCACUAACCUUGUUUAUUGGUUGGAUGCUCAAACGAGAAAAUUUGCAAAGAGAUUCAAAUAAACUUCAAGAAGUUAAUGAUGUUGAGUUCCUAGAUAAAACUGAUAUUGAAAAUAGACAAUUUAGAUAUACGUACUAG